UGACAUGCCCGGCAGCAGCGCUGCCGCCCACUCACAGACGCGCCGUGGAGCUGAACCGUGUUACGUUCACUGACGAGUCAGCGCAAUGCCGCGGAGCGCGCGGAGCCGAGGCGCACCGAGCCGAGCCCAGAGAUCAUGAAAUGCUCCCAUCGAGGAGGACGCAGAUGGACAGCCUGGUUCAGCCGCUCGUCGCCCAGUACCUCGCCAUGGGAUGCCAAACCAAAGAGAACCAAAACGAGAGCGUGGCGACGGACGAGAAGGGGAAAGAAGACGCGAGGGUGAGUUCAGGAUGCACCUCCAACAAGCCAAGAAUUUCUCCUCCAGGCCGUCCCAACAGGUUCCACAAGCCCAUUCCGGCCCACAGCACCCCGGGCAGAUUGGUGAUGCCACUGGGACACCUCAGCAAGGGAGCAACCUGGAAUGAACUAAUCCAAGCCUGUUUGGAGUGUUUCGACGCAGAUGGUGGUGUGAGGAAGAACGGCCACCUGCUGAACAUCACUCUGACCAUGCACCGUCUCCUCAUGUCCUCCGGUGACCUGCUGGACAAACUCAUCAGUCUAUUUAAAACAGUGCUGGAUGAUGAGCAGCCAGCAGAGUGCCAAAAGAUAUGCUACCUUAUCAGGUACUGGAUUCAAGAAUUCUGGAUAAUGUUCCGCUUGCCCCACAGCUUGUCCGACAGCCUGGACGAGUUCCGGGAUUUGAUCAGAGAGCACGGACAGGAGCGUCUUUGCUCUCUCCUAGAGACCAAAUGGAUAAAUGAGCGAGAACGAUCAUGGAAGGCUAGCCAGAAGUAUAAACCAAACUACAGUAAAAAGCGGAAAGUUUCUCUUCUUUUCGAUCACCUGGAGCCCAGUGAGCUGGCUGAGCAUCUUACCUACCUGGAGUUUAAAUCCUUUUGUAGAAUAUCAUUUGUAGACUAUCUAAAUUACAUCCGAAGCUGCUGCAUGAAGGACAUCCCUGUGCUGGAGCGUUCCAUUGCCCUGUGUAAUGGGAUUUCCCAGUGGGUUCAGUUGAUGGUGCUGAGCCGGCCGACCGCUCAGCUGAGAGCUGAGGUUUUCGCAAAGUUUAUCCACGUUGCACAGAGUCUACACCUUAUGCACAACUACAACACACUAAUGGCAGUGGUGGGAGGACUGUGUCACAGCUCAAUCUCAAGACUGAAAGACACAACCUCACAUGUACCGAGCGAAGUCACCAAGGUCCUGAACGAGAUGACAGACAUGCUGUCCUCCUGCAGAAACUUCGACAACUACAGACAAGCUUACAGCAGGUGUACGGGUUUUAAAAUCCCCAUCCUCGGUGUCCACCUGAAAGACCUGAUUUCAGUCAACGAGGCCAUGUCGGACUACGUGGAAGACAACAAGGUGAACGUGCAGAAGCUGCAGGCUCUCUACAACCACAUCAAUGAGCUGAUCCAGCUUCAGCAGAUCCGACCCAAACUGGACGCCAACAAGGACCURGUUCAUCUCCUGACGCUGUCCUUGGACCUUUACUACACCGAGGACGAGAUUUAUGAACUGUCUUACGCACGGGAACCCAAGAACUGUAAAGCACCUUCCGUGUUUAAGAACUACGAUCACGACGAGAACGGCUUUAUUUCCCAUGAAGACUUUGAGAAAAUUGCAGCCAGCUUUCCUUUUUCCUUCUGUGUCAUGGACAAAGAAAAGGAAGGACUCGUUAACAGAGAGGAGAUCACGGCUUAUUUCAUGCGGGCCAGCGUAAUCUGCUCCAAACUGGGUUUAGGUUUUGUCCACAACUUCCAGGAGACGACGUACAUGAAACCCACCUUCUGUGAUAACUGCUCAGGAUUUUUGUGGGGUGUCAUCAAGCAAGGCUACAGAUGCAGGGACUGCGGCAUGAACUGUCACAAGCUGUGCAAGGACCAGGUGGCGUUCGAGUGCAAGAAGAACGCCAAACUGGCCAACGCCAUGGACAGUCCGACGCUGAGCUCCGCMUCUGUCACCACGGGAACCUCAGACGGUUCAGAAGAAUGCCCGUUCCCUUUCCCACCAGACGUCAGGAAAGACUGGAGUCCUGACUCCCCGGUCACCUGUCCUCUGCGGCCUGUGAGAGUUCACAGCUACACCCAGACCGAGGGACUUCAGCUGUCCUCUCCGACUGCCGAAGCCAGUCGCCCGCAGCCGUCUCUGUUAGUCCCCGUGCCGCCCACCCUCCCCUCAUGCCCGAGCCCCGUGCCCGUAAGAAAACAUUGUGCGAAGUGGGAAAACCGAGCCUCUGUUUUGCAAAAGCCCAAAGAGCCGGUGGAGGGGAGCAAACCCAGCUACGAAUCUCUGGAAUCAGAAAACCUGAGGCUCCAAAAAUCUAAUGAGACACUACGCAGGAAACUCCGAGAAGCAGAGCGGGAGGUGGAGUUUCUGAGGAGACACAUUCUCCAUCCUGUCGAGGAGGAUUCCUCCUCUUAAACUCAAAAUUUCUCCAGAGAGACUGGCACCGCCCCAACAUGGCAGAGCGUAUAUAUACUGUAU